CACUGACUGGCACUGAUAGGUGGCACUGAUUGGCAUUGAUAGGUGGCACUGACUGGCACUGAUGGGUGACACUGAAAGGCAGCUCAGAUGGGCACUGAUAUGUGGCAUUGAUGUGCACUGGUAGGCACUGAUAUGUGGCAUUGAUGUGGCACUGAUGGGCACUGGCAGGUGGCAUGGAUGAGCACUGAGAGCUGGCACUGAUGGGCACUGACAGGUGGCCCUGCUGGGGCUACACUGAUCAUCAGAGCACACUGAUCAUCAGUGCCCUGAUGAUCACUGGCAGCGUGACAGCUCAUGAGGAGAGAAAUGUUGAUAACCGGCAUUUCCCUGUUUGGGUUUCAGCCUACCUUAUCUUGGCCAUGUUCCUGAGCAUUGAA